GCGCGGGGCGGGCGCGGGGCUGCAGUGCGGAGGCGGCGGCGCGCGGGCCGCUCGUGUGUGGUCGCUAUGAGCCGCGCGCGCGAGCGGUGACGGGCUGCUGCAUCGCUCGCCCGGUCUCGGGCUUUCAAGAGCGCGGCGGCGGCGGCAUGUGGUGGGUGGUGGUGCUGGCGGCGCUGGGCGCGCGCGGGGCGGGCGGCGCGGCGGGGGCGGGCGCGGGGGGCGCGUGCGGCGUGGCGGAGCUGGCGUGCCGCUCGGGGCGCUGCGUGGCGCCGGACGCGUACUGCGACGGGCGGCAGCAGUGCGGCGACGGCAGCGACGAGCCGCCGGGCUGCUCGCCCUGCAACCGCACGUACUACGGGCUGGUGGGCCGCGGCUACGAGCUGGCGCUGGGCGCGGCGCCGCGGCUGCCCUUCCUGUGCCACCUCACCUUCACGGCGGGCGGCGGCGCGCUGGGCGACCUGCUGCAGCUCGGCAUCGAACAGUUCCGCGUCGGCAGGUACAUGGGCGCGGAGGCUGGGGGCGCGGACGGCGCGGCGGGCGGGGCGGCUGGCGGGGAGUGCCCCGACGGGUACGUGCAGCUGGCGGAGCUGGGCCGGCCCUUCACGGGCGGCUCGUGGUGCGGCGAGGCGGCCGGGCCCGCGCUGUACUACAGCGAGACCGCCACCGUCACGCUCUCGCUGCGCCUCUACCGGCAGAGCGCCGCCAAGCCGCUCGCGCUCAAACUCAGAUAUCGAUACCUAUCGGCGCGCUCGGCGGUGGUCCGGCUGGGCGGCGCGGGGGGCGAGGGCGCGGGGGGCGCGGGGGGCGGGGCGGCGCUGGAGCGGGGGGCGGUGGCGCCCGGCACGUACUGCACGCGCACGUUCGACGAGUGCCACCGGCGCGCGUGCCGCGUGCAGUCGCCCAACUACCCGGGCCUGUACCCGCGCAACGUGACCUGCUACUGGGCGCUGCGCCAGCGCGCCGUGCCCGCCUGCAAGCACGCCAUGCUGCAGGUGCGCCAGGACCACGCGCACAAGGUGCAGAUCAAGCGCUCCAUCGCCAUGGCCAGCGUGAACAAGACGGGGCGCGCCGUGGCGGCGUGGCGCGAGUGCACGCCCGAGCGGGACCGCCUCAUCGUGUACGACGGCGGCUCCACGGACGACCCCGUGCUGCUCACGUACUGCGGCGGCGACUGGCUGCCGCCCGUCACCUCGCGCGGCCCCGACAUGCUGCUGGCCUUCCACUCCUCCCCCUACUCCGCGCCGCCCCGCGCCGCGCCCCCGCUGGCGCCCCUGCGCGGCUUCGAGCUGGACGUGGCCGUGGUGUUCGCCGACUCCGACUCGCUGGAGUAUGCCCGCGAGCCGCGCCGCUGCGAGUUCCACGUGAAGGCGACCUCGCCGGGGGACGAGGAGGCGGCGGCGGGCGCGGGGGGCGUGGGGGGUGCGGGGGGCGCGCGGGGCGAGCGCGGGCGGCGGGGGGUCAUCCACGCGCCGCGGCACACGCUGCCGCCCAACACCACCUGCACCUGGACCUUCCACGGCCGACCCGGUGACGUGGUGUGGAUCUACUUCGCGAGCUACACGCAGUACUCGCUGGUGGAGCCGCGCCGGGAGCCGCCGCCGGAGCGCGACGAGGAGCCCGAGCCGCCGCUGAUGGAGGGGCCGGCGGGCGGCGCGGGGAGUGGCGCGGGGGGCGCGGCGGGGGGCGCAGGGGGGUCGAGUGACGCGUCGCCGUGGGCGCGCCUGCGCUCGCUGCUGCGGCCGGCGCGCCCCCCCGCCCCGCGCAGCACGGCGCCGCCCGCGCCCCGCGCCUGCGCCACGUCGCUGCGCGUGUGGGACGGCGGCGGCGAGGGCGAGCCGGGGGCCGUGCUGCUGGGCCGCUACUGCGACUCGGCGCCGGCGCUGUGCGCGCGCGCCGCGCUGGCCAACGCCUCGCGCGCGCCCCGCGCCUGCGCGCCGCCGGACGGGUACGUGUCGCGCGGCGCGCUGCUGUCCGUGGCCGCCACGACGCGGCCCGGCACGGCCACGCACCCGCUGCGGUUCGCGCUGCACUACGAGUUCGUGGACGCGCGGCUGCCGGGCGCGGCGCUGGCGGGGCGGCGCGCGCGUCCCCCGGAGUGUGCUCGUGAGGUCACCGCCGAGGGCGCCGUGGGGUCGCCGCGCAACGUGCUGUGGCUGGGCCGCGGGGGCGCGCGCCGGCUGCGCUGCGUCACGCGGCUGGCGGGGGACGCGGGGGGCGGGCGCGUGGAGCUCACGCUCACGCAGCUGGCGCUGGGCGCGGCUGGGCGCUGCAGCACGCGGCAGGACGCGCGCACGGGCCGGCUCACCUGCGUGCCGGACGACGCGCCGGACGACGCGGACGACGCGCCCGACGACCGCGACGACGACGACCCCGACUUCGACGAUGAGACUGACCCGGACGCUGACGCCGAGAAGCCGCUUCGAGUGCCACACUUGUGGAUAUACGAAGCACCGUGGCCAGGAUACAGGGUGCCGCUGGGCUGCGUGUGCGACAACAGCUCGGUGGGGCUGGUGGUGGCGGGCGCGGGCGCGCUGGAGCUGGAGCUGGUGGCGCGCGCGCUGUCGCCCCGCGAGGACGCGCGCCACGUGCACUGGGCGGGCUCCUGGCGCCGCCUGCCCGCGCCCCCCGCGCCCCGCGCGCCCCCGCCCGGCGGCCCCCUGCAGCUGGCCGCGCCCGCGCCCGCGCUGCUGCAGGCGCGCGGCAACCGCUCCGUGUUCGUGCGCGUGUGGGGCGAUGAGUUGCCGCCCCCGCCCCCCGGCGCCGCGCAGGAGCCCCCCGCCUGCGCUGUGUCCGCGAGACUGCUCAUCUACGAUGCCAAUACUAAUAGACUGCUGAAGGUGGUGUGUCCGGGGGAGGCGCGCGAGGAGGCGCGCACGGUGCAGGUGUUCUCGCCGGAGUGGUGGGGCGCGGGGGCGCGGCGCGGGGCGCGCGGGGCGGCGCUGGUGCUGGCGUGGGGUGGCGAGGGCGGCGCGGCGCGCGCGGCGUGGCUGGAGGCAUGGCGCGGCGGCGCGGCGCUGCGGGCCGUGCUGCUGGCGCGGCUGCCGGACGCGGACAACGCCUCGCUGGCGGCGGCGGCGCGCUGCGAGCACGCGUGCCCGGAGCUGGAGGCGUGCGCGGACGCGGCGCUGUGGUGCUCGGGCUGGGCGGAGUGCCCGCGCGGCGGCGACGAGGCGGGCUGCGGCGCGGCGCGGCUGCUGGCGGCGCUGGGCGGCUGGCGCGCGGCGGGCGCGGCGGGCGGCGCGGCGGGCGCGGGUUGCGCGCUGCUGCUGCUGCUGGCGCUGGCGCUGCGCCGGCGCUGGGCGCGCGGGCCGCACAAGGGCGCGCUGGCGCUGCCGCCGCGGCGCGCCACGCGGGAGCCGCUGCUGGAGCGCCCCGACAGCGCGGGCUCCUGACGGCGCGAGCGCUCCGUCGAGUACAUCCACGUGGACCGCGAGACCACGGUGUGACCGGCGGGCGCUGCCUGUACCAUGUACAUUACAUACUCUCAGUGUAUAUAGUAGUGUCGUAUCGUAUAUCCUCUAGCACGGACCGUGUCUGCACUGGCUCCCCGAGUCUCCUUGUGAUAUGUUGGUUGCGUUGCGGUCUCGUAUAGUUCUAUCGGUAUGUUAUGGUCAUUGAGUGUUUCUGUCGGCUGUGCGCGAAAGUGUUCAGUUUCUUAAUUGUUUUGUUUUGUUACAGUUUUAUACAAAUAAUGUUAUGUGUAUUAAAUUUUAAUUAAAUUUUGAUGAACUAUCCCGUCCCUUCACUUACGUUAUAGUACAUAGUAAAUAAAUACGAUAUUAAAGUUCAAAUUUACGAACAAAUUUAAUUUUUUAUUUAU